AUGUUUCCUUCUUUAUCUGAACUAAAUUUGAGCAGAAACAAGUUUGUUUCUUUAAAGAACAUGCAUCUUCCUAUGCAACUACAUUAUCUCAACAUAACAUACUGUGAGGAGCUUAAGGAAAGUCCCGAACUUCCUCCAGAUCUUAGGGAACUGUAUGCAGAUGAUUUUCUAGCCCAAGAUUGUGUCAAUAUGUUUCGAUACAGACGGUUGUAUUUGAUCUCAUUUACAAACUCUAGUUACGAACAACUUUAUUCAGACAAGAGCAAUAACAGCUCACUGAUGGAUGAAAACUGCCAACAAGAAAUUAUACAUAAUACGUUGGUCAAGAUUCUCAUUACGUUUUUCAAAUACAAACAGGCUGGUUAUCAUGAUGGAAUGCCUGCUUGGUCAGUCGUCUAUCCAGAACGUGUAAUUCCCAAGUGGUUCACGUACCAUAGCACAUUGGAAAAAAUCUCGCUUCAUUUGCCCAAAAAUUGGUGGAAUGAUGACUUCCUUGGGUUUGUUGUAUGCUGCAGCACUUACAUGGGAGAUGGUGUGUACUGUCCUGAUUGGACAUUAUCAGGAAUCCGCGACUCUUGUAGCGCAAAAAAAAAAAAAAAAAAAAAAAAAGAACCAAACUAGCACAAAAAAAAAAAAAAAAACAUUACUAGGUUUCACGCACUAAAUUAGUAUGUGAAAGGAUCAAACUGCAAAAAUGCAACUUGGGCCUUUUACGCACCAAUUUCGUGCGUGAAGGAGGUCUUCUGUUUUUUUUUUUUUUUUUUUUAGUGUUACCUUUCAAAUCACGUUUUUUUCCAUACUUUGGGCAAAUAUUAGUCAUGUUUCAAAACCCCAAAAUAUCAAUAUUUUAUAUAAAAUUUAAUAUCUUUUUUUUUGCGUACAAUAAUGUCGGCUCAUUACAUCAAGUCCACCUAAACGUUUGGAUCGUCGUUUUAGGGGUUCUAAAGUGCCCCGAAGUAAGUUUUGAAACUUGUCAUAUUUAUAGGGUUUUGAUUUAAGUGUUUUAUUAUAUUUGAAUGUACAAAUAUAAAUAUUUGAUUUAAUAAUAAUUCAUCCAAUACGAGAGGUUUAUACUAAUUAAAAAAUAAUUCAUUCCAUUUAAUUACAAUACUAAUUCAAAGCAAUACAAUAAUAAAUUACAAUAACAAUACAAUCUUCAAGUUCUAGAGGCUC